AAAAUUUCGGUACUGUGUAGUUUCUCAUCAUCCGCAGACAAAUCCUUUUUCCUGACGGAAAAUCCGACCAAAAACAUCUCAUUACAGCGGUAAACGUUAGCGUAACUGCGACGCAAUAAGUUUCACACCCGGAAAGGCCGAUUGUGUGGCGAAUUUUUCCCGUUUUUCCGAUUGAAUUAAUCGUUCAACGCGAGUGCGGCGGUAGAAGGAAAAAAAAGUGCUGUGUAUUCUGUAUUUGCAAAACCAUUCAUCCUGCCGAGCGUGAGGCAGCUCAACUAGCACAGAAGCAGCAGCAGCAGUGUAGUGAAUAGGCAAAGAAGGCGGCGCACCGUCCCGGUUUCAUUGUGGUGACAAAUAGGAAGUGAAAAGGGUUUCCGUAGCAGCCAGAGCCAGCCGGACCAGUUCUUUCCACCAACGGCGCAGUAAAUCAACUCCUGACAGGUAGUUCUUGGGAAAUGGUAAUGGAAGCACAACCAUCGCCGCAAAGCGUUGGCCGCGAGUUCGUGCGCCAAUAUUACACCCUGCUGAAUAAGGCGCCGGACCAUCUGCAUCGUUUCUACAACAACUCGUCCAGCUUCGUCCAUGGUGGGCUGGACUCGAAGAACCAGGAGGCGACGCUCGUCAUCGGGCAGGUUCAGAUCCAUAACAAGAUCCAGCAGAUGAACUUUCGCGAUUGCCAUGCCAAGAUCAGCCAAGUGGAUUCGCAGGCGACCCUCGGCAACGGCGUGGUGGUGCAAGUGACGGGUGAGCUGUCCAACGAUGGUCAACCGAUGCGUCGCUUCACCCAGACGUUCGUGCUGGCUGCCCAAUCGCCGAAAAAGUAUUACGUCCAUAAUGACAUCUUCCGCUAUCAGGACGUGUACUCCGACGACGAGCUGGAUGAGAACGAACGUUCCGGCGGCGAGGACGAAGCUGACGUUGACAACAGCGCUGCCGUCGAGAACCCGAAUAUCCCUUCGAACGUGGUAACUCCUGGCGCGACGGCUCCCAUCAUCGGUCACCAGCCGCAGCAGCAAGCACCUCAGCAGCCGCAGCAACAACAGCAGCAGCAGCAGCAGCUGUACUAUCCCCCGGGGGUAGUAAGUGCCCCUGCGGGUUUGAUUCCCAACUACGGUCAACCGCAACAAGCUCAACAACCCCAGCAGCAACCUCAGCAACAGCUCAACGGAGUUCACGACGAUUUGCUUAAACCGGUUCCUCCCCAAACUGCAACGCAUAUGCUGCAGUCCUCCACCGGCCAUCCUCCGGUUGGCCAAACCGUACCCCUGCAGGCCAAUCCAAUCCUGCAGCAGGUUCCCGGUUUGACCAACACCAUUCCCACGGUUGAUUCAAUCCAGCAUCUCUCCCAACAACAGCCGCAACAACAGCAAAUUGUUCAGCAAUCUCCCCAACAGUACCAACCGCAACCCGUUCCACAACAGUUACCCACCCAAACAACACCCCAACAGCAGCAGCAGCAGCAACAGCAGCCCUCGAUCGCGCAAUUGCAGCUUUCGGAUCCGGAACCGAGCCUGUCGAUGAACGAACUGGACACUACGGUGUCCUCUGUAAACGACCCAACACCGGCGGAAGCGAGCGACUCUCAAGACCAUCAUCACCAUCACCAUCACGGUGGCCAUGUCUCUUCCGACCUGUCCGACCCGCACCAGUCCUCGGUACAACCCAUGCAGCAGCAGCAGCAGCUUUCCAACGAACCCAAAACCUACGCCAAUCUGCUGAAGUCCGGCGGCGCAGGUGUUGUCGGAACUGGACCGCUAAGCUUUGCUUCCGUUUCCUCCCACCAUCAGCAGCAGCAGCAACAGCAGCAACAACAACAGACACCGCCAUCACAGCAGCCUCCAAAAUUAACCGGAAGCUACAUGAGCGCAUCGGCUGGCCGGCAGACAGUUAUGUCUCCCCCGCCUUCCUCGGGACUGCAAAGUUCCAUCACGAGCGGCGGUCCAGGAAGUGCCACCAGCGGUGGCAGCAAUCUUGGCGGUCUCGGCGUCAACAAAUACGACCGUCAACCCCAGCAGCAGCAGCAGCAGGGCCAACAACAGCAACAGCAGCAGCAAGAUUUGGGAGGCAACCAGAAUGUACCGAUGCCGCAGCGCGUUCCGAACCAACAGCGACCAAUCCGCAGCAAUGGAGGACCACCGUCCAACAGUGGACCGAACUCCUACAAACCGCAGCAAGAUGGUCGCCCGAGCUAUCAGCGCAGUUACAACAACGAUAACGAAGAUCGUCGUCAGAACAGCAGCGCUCAGUUUGGCGACAACCAUCAGCUGUUCCUGGGCAACAUUCCACACCACGCAACCGAGGAGGAGCUGAAGACCCUGUUCAGCCGGUACGGCACGGUCGUUGAUCUGCGCAUUCACUCGAAGGCGGGCCAGAAGAUGCCGGGCGUACGAGCUCCGCCAAACUACGGUUUUCUGACCUACGACGAUCCUGCUGCGGUGCAAAAUUGCCUAGCUAAUAUGCCACUGUACUUCCCGGAGAAUUCACCGGACGGUCAAAAGUUGAACGUAGAGGAGAAGAAAACGCGAAUGCGCGGUCCGGGUGAGACGGGUGGUCGCAUCGGAAGCAACGGGAACGGUGGUAGCGGAGGUCCGCGUGGCGGUCCGGGUGGUCCCGGCAGUCAGCAGCGGGGCGGUCCCGGUGGCCCACCGGGCGGUAACAUGAACCGCGGUGGAUCCGGCCAGCGUGGUUUAGGUGGAGUCGGUGGAGGCAGCGGCCGCGGCGGCUAUCAGCGCUCCGACAGGGGUAGCGUGUCCGGAGGUGGUGGCGGCGGCGGCGGUGGUCAGCGGUCCGGAAAUGGAAAUUACCACCAGUUGAAUCGUUAAAUAUAGUCGCUUUUUCGGUAGAACACACAACUACACACAUUCACACACACACACACACACACACACACAGAAACACCUAAAUGUUAGAGACCUACAUUAAAAACACACAAACACCCACACAUACACGGUUACUUUAAGGAUUCAAGCUUCGAAAGCCGACAGCAGUACUAUUCAAUGUGUGAAUACAAACUCUAUCGCCGCGUAAGCGAGGAAAGUGAAAAAUUAUACUGUUUAAUUAACUGAAAAACGACUUAAACAGAGCAUAGAUGAGAAGAAGAAAAAAACAACCAAUUUAAUCAAUGUGACAUUAAUAUAGAGAAACAAAUAAAGUAAUAGUUUUGAAAACAUCGCGUGACGCAUUUCAUAACCGGUUUAGAACGAAACUCAAACACAAUAAUUUCUAUACUUAGAAACAAAGAUUAAACAAACAAACAAAAAAAAAUGUAAGAAAAAAAAGAAGAGACAAGUGAACGUGUGACUUAGUAUGUACACUACUAGGCAAUAUUUAGCACUUUUUGAAAAGAAGCAAGCGCUAAUACCAGAUAGGUUUUUUUUUGAAAUUAAUAUGAAAACAAGCUGCUUUAAAGGAAAAUUAACGGAACUAUGAGAAACUACCAUUUACUUCAUGUAAUCGUAUUUUAUUUAAGGUACAUCAUAGCGAAACAGUUAAAUAUAUUCCAAAUUAGAAGAGGAACAAUAUUUGUAAACCUUUUACCAUGGGUUGAAGGAAUAAACCGAAAGAAGCGACACAGCCGCAGAAAACAACAAAAAAAGAGAGAACAUUUCACAUACACGUACACAUACACAUCAACAGCUGACGCAGUUCCAGUCUGUAUUUGCCAAAUACACUUUAAAAAAAAACCUCCACACUUUAAACCUCUUAGUUAUUAUCCCUCAUUAGGCUAUGUCCCUCUUUCGUUUUGCGUAAAACUGCGCAAACCAACCAACAGACAUAAUCAAGCGCCCGGGCGAUCGGUGCUCUACAGUUAAGGAUCUCUACUUCCUGCCGUGUCGCUAGUUCCCCGCCAAUUUCAACCCUUUUCCACAAAUUCAUUCUUCCUCCCUUCACCAGUGAGAUUCCACAUUCGGUUCCCUUGACGUGAGCUUAGCUGUGUCGAGGCGCAACGCGAGACAAAACAGGCGUGAGAUAGCAAAAGUAACAAAAUCGACAAAAAGGAAUAAAAAAAAGAACUAGACGUUUUCUUUUAAUUAGUCCCCUAUCUGUGUUUUAUAUAAUAAACUAUGCUUAGUAACAAACGCUUGUUAGAACGAGCGUGAAAAGUAAAGUUAAAAAUAAGAAAAACAGUAAAAAAGCAAACACAAAAAAAAAUGAGAACUUAUCCAAGGUGGCGACUAAAGCGCGCAAUUAGAUCAAAACAGUUUAGAGUUACAAUUAAAAGCAAAACAAAACAAAAAAAAAAAACAGAAUAGAAACAGAAGCGAUGUGAGCGACAAACAAACAAACAAAAAUAUUGCGUAACAAAAAUGAAUCACAUUCUGCAAAGCAAACCUAGGAGAAAUCUUCUAACAAAGUGAGAGCAAAUUUAGUAAGACGUACAUAAACUACGUUUAGAUAGAACUGUCAUAAAUAUACUACACCAAGUAAGUUCGUUUAAUUUUUACUUAGGGUUUAAUUUAUAACUUGAACGCUGAAGAAAAAAGGUAACUGAAUAUUAGUACAGUAAACAGUAGAAUUAUCAAUUGAAAAUAAUACCUUUAAAAAAAACCCGCAAGGAAAGCAAGGGGCAGUGGAAAGUGUACCAACAAAACAAACACACUCACACACAUACACGCAUUAACACAAAAGAAAACAGACACACAAACAGGCAAACACUCUUUGUAAACUGCGCGGAAGGUGUACGAAAGAAACAGAUUUCGUUUCGUUUCUUUCCUCCCCGAAUGACGGAGCGCGGGCGUCGACAACACCGGAAUAUGUACCCCCUUCCCCCCCAAACACUUUAACCCGCAGCCGAUAAAAGUUAUCGAUGGAAUAAUAAGGAAGCAAGAGCUGAAAAGAGAAGAUUAAAAAAAACUG